AUGGAUCCUACACGUUGUCAGUAUCUAUGUCCACGAAAACGACGACAAUGUAAAAUGGUACCAUCAACAUCUUUAUCUACACAUUGUAUGGAACAUUUACUACAUGAUCCAAAUUUAGACGAGGCAACUAAAUUAACUUUACGGAUGCCAUGUCCAUUCAAUCCACGACAUUCGAUCGCACCAUAUGAUUUAAAACGACAUUUACGUAAAUGUAGUCAACGUCCUAUUAUUCUUGGUCCAUUUCAUCAACAUAAUUGUAAUUCGGGACCUGAAUGUGAUAAUCAUGAUGAUUAUCCAACAGUUCUACAAGAUAUAAAUGAAGAUGAACUUCGAAAUUUUAUUACUCGUAUGGAAACUCUUCAUGAUAAUUUUGUUAAAGGACCAGUUGAAAAUAAUAAAACAACUCCUGAUUGUUAUUUACCACAUAUAAAUAUCGAAGAACUUGGUAAUCGUUCACGUAAACAUUUAGAACAAAUUGGAUCAAUUAUAGCUCAAUUAGUACAAUUAGAUCUUUUACAAUCACAUACAUGUUUUCUUGAAAUGGGUGCUGGACGUGGCCAAUUAUCUCAUGAACUUCAUGCUUGUGUAAAAGAUGAUUCAACAAUUCAUUUUGCACUUAUUGAACGUGAUCAUCAACGUUAUCGUUUUGAUGCUCAUCAUAAACCUGAACAUUCAGGUCCAUCAUUUGGACGUUAUCGACUUGAUAUUCGUGAUCUUUAUCUACCUGAUUUACCAAUUCCAAAAGAUUCUCAAACACAUAUAGUUCUUAUAAGUAAACAUUUAUGUGGCGGUGCAACUGACCUUGCUCUACGUUGUGCAGUUGAUGCUCAACAACAUACUCAUAAUAUUCGAGCAAUUAUUAUCGCUUUAUGUUGCCAUCAUCGUCUAUUAUGGAAUGAAUAUGUUGGAAAAGAUUUUUUUCGUCGUCUUAAUUUAACACCAAAAGAUUUCUGUUUAAUACGAACAUUAACAGCAUGGGGUACAGAUGAAAAUCGUCAUAAAUUGGUAGAAGAAGGAAAAAGAUCAACAAUUGAUGGUACUAUUUCAUUUCAAUUAGAUACUUCAAUACCGACAAGUCGAUCAACUUAUUCUAAACAACGUUUAUUUCCUAUUGAACAACAAGAACAAAUUGGUUUAAAAGCAAAACGAUUAUUAGAUUGGGGUCGAAUUGAAUAUCUAAAUGAGAAUGGAUUCGAUACUCAUCUUAAAGUAUAUGCAUCAAAAAAUAUUACACUCGAAAAUAUUGCUUUGAUAGCUACAGCAAAGUCUUCUUAA